AUGUUCUACACUUGUGGUCCAAAUGAGGCUAUGGUGGUAUCAGGAUUCUGCCGCUCUCCUCCACUGAUGAUAUCUGGAGGCAGAGUGUUUGUGUUUCCCUGUGUCCAACAGAUCCAGAGGAUCUCGCUCAACACUUUAACUCUGAAUGUGAAGAGUGACAAAGUCUACACGCGUCAUGGAGUGCCUAUCUCUGUCACUGGCAUUGCCCAGAUGAAGAUUCAAGGACAAAAUAAGCAGAUGUUAGCAGCAGCAUGCCAGAUGUUCAUGGGGAAAUCUGAAGCAGAGAUUGCACAGAUUGCCCUGGAAACUCUGGAGGGCCAUCAGCGAGCUAUCAUUGCCCAUUUGACUGUGGAGGAAAUCUAUAAAGAUCGUAAGAAGUUUUCUGAGCAAGUGUUUAAGGUGGCCUCAUCUGACCUUGUCAACAUGGGCAUCAGUGUGGUCAGCUACACGCUCAAAGAUGUUCAUGAUGAUCAGGAUUACCUGCACUCUCUGGGAAAAGCUCGCACAGCUCAGGUGCAGAAGGAUGCCCGUAUUGGAGAGGCUUUAAACAAAAGAGAUGCUGUUAUCAGGGAGGCUCAUGCGCUGCAGGAGAAGGUGUCUGCUCAGUACAUGAAUGAGAUACAGAUGGCUAAGGCUCAGAGAGACUUUGAGCUGAAGAAAGCUGCCUAUGACAUUGAGGUCAACACAAAAAAAGCAGAAUCUGAAAUGGCUUACCAGCUUCAGGUGGCUAAGACAAAGCAGCGUAUUGAGGAAGAGAAGAUGCAAGUGCAGGUGGUGGAGCGCACCCAGCAGAUCACCCUCCAGGAGCAGGAGAUCACUCGCAGAGAGAAGGAGCUGGAGGCCAAGGUCAAGAAACCAGCCGAGGCUGAGCGAUACCGCCUCGAGAAGCUGGCAGAAGCUGAACGUCUUCAGCUCAUCAUGGAGGCAGAGGCUGAGGCAGAGUCCAUUAGAGUGAGAGGAGAGGCUGAGGCAUUUGCUGUAGAGGCUAAGGGGCGUGCCGAGGCGGAGCAGAUGGCAAAGAAGGCUGAAGCCUUCCAGCAGUAUAAAGAGGGAGCCAUGGUGGAUAUGCUGUUGGAAAAACUGCCACAGGUGGCAGAGGAGAUCAGCCAGCCUCUUUCAGCUGCCAAUAAGGUUACCAUGGUUUCAAGUGGUGGCUCAGAAGUGGGUGCGGCCAAGUUGACUGGUGAAGUUCUGGAUAUCAUGACUAGGCUUCCGGAGACCAUUGAAAAAUUGACUGGAGUCAGCAUCUCUCAGGUGGCCCGAACUGGCUGAACGCUGACGCUGUGUUGACACCUUCAGCCUUCAGAUCCGCAUGUGUCAAUCUUUUCCUCUUAAUGCUCGUCUUUCCUGUUGUCUCUCUAUUACCCCACCCACGUGUUCAUUCCUGUUAAUCCCUUAUUUAUUUCGUCUUACUUGUCUUAUCAUUCUUCUCCAUCACUGCCUGUUAACUUGCCUUGCUGCUGAGCCCAAAAUGCUCAGUAAAUCGUUAACAUGCCAGUACAGCAAGUAGUGAAACAGCUAUUUAAGGAGGUUGCAGUUUACUGACCAAAUCCAAAGUAUGAAGCCUUUAAUCAAAGUUACCGAGAUGCUGUUUCUUCAUGAUCAUGGGUCUAUCUGUAUCUAUCUGUAUAAGCUCAUAUUGAUAACUUAUCGUCUUGUAUCUAUAUUUGUCCUGAAAUUUGUAAUUGAGAUUGUGUCACAUAUCUUGAUACACCUUAACAGUAACAUUUCUGUUUGACUUGUAUUCAAAGGUAAAUAAUACAGAAUUUUUGAUACCUAAUGAUCUGAAUAUGGCAUAUAUCUCUCAUGUCUCUUGUAUUAGUAAUUGUAAGAGUUCUAGUGCCACUUUUUCUGAACUGUUCCUGGUAGUGAUUUCAUAACUAAAAACAUGCAAAUACAGGAAGUCUCGUCAAGCUAUUCAUCAUGGGCCAGUAUUUUAUGUAUUUUUAUGUAAACACCUGUACCUGUGUGCUUGUUAGCAAUACUUUCUUUUAUACUUCAGAGAUUACUGUAAUAAUCUGUUUGAUAAUCAAAUGGUUUUAAAUAGUAUACACUUGAUUUUGGAGCCCAAAGUUCACACUUGCAGUUAGUGGUUUUGCUGUAUACUCUAGGUUGACUAAUUUUUAAAGUUAUUAGAAGUGCACAAGCCUUAACUGUAUGGAUAUGUAUUGUAUCUUUGGGGGACAAGUAGUUGCCUACAUUCUCAAAAUGUUAACCCUCUAUUGCCCACAUUAUGAAAGCAAAACAUGUCCUGUUUUCUUGCAUGAAAUAAUCCUAAUUAUUAACAUUGAAAACAAAAUUUAAAUUGCAUUCAGCAUCCUUUUUUAGUAUUUUGCUUUGAGGAAAUAUGAAUAUACAACAUCUAGAAGUUGAAGAAUAUUCAAAGGAUUCAUUUUGCGAAGCAUGUAGUUGUUUUAAGCGUGGCUCCAAAAAUGUUUUGUUGCUAUCUUGCAGAUGCCGUGUUAAAUGCUUUUUCCAGUACUUUGGUCUCGUGUUUGCACAUGUGCAGGCUGAGAAAAUGAAGGAAAUGAGAGAAAGAAUAUACAUACGUAGUCAGAUUACUGAGAUAAAAUUCAGCUCUCUAUAUCAGAUUUCUUAAUAAGAUUUCUAGGCGUUACUCCUAAUAAUCUAGGAAAGUAUGCUUUGCUUAUAACCAAAUCAUUUAAAUGAUGCUGAAUGUUAAAAACCAAGGUGAAUGAUAUUUUUGGGUGGAAAUAAAAAGAUGAAAAAUUGUUUUUCUGAAAGAUUAGAUUAAGAGACCCUUAUUAGUGCCACACAGCGGGCAGCCCUAUCCGCAGCGCCUGGGGAGCAUUUCGGGGUUAGGUGCCUUGCUCAAGGGCACCUCAAUCACGACCUGUCAAUUUCCAGGAUCAAAACAUUGUUGGCUGGUUCCCUAACCUCCAGCCCACGACUGCCCCUGAGAGCUCUUAGCUGAAAAUGUAUGCAUCCGCAUAGACUACCAGAGAUUUUUUAAAUGUCCACCAGAAGACAGUUAGACCUAAUGUAAACGUCUUAUUGUUUUAUUUUGUCUUUUUUCAUUAACCAUUUUAUUCCCUUUACAGAUGAAUCGCAUCAGUCUAAAGGGAGGAAAAUUGGUUCUUGAGGUUAUAUUGUGCCAUAGAACGUGUUCUGCCCUGAUAUUUCCUAAAUGCUGUUAGAACAUCUCAAAUGUAUUGGACUGGGAUAUUUACGUAGUCCUAAACCAUUUUGAUGUAGUAUUUGGAAAAGGAUGGUGUGUAGUGUGCACUUGGAGACUUGUGCAUGUUUGAGACACUUAGACACUUACUGGAAAGCACAUAAACACGCACACAAAUACAUGAAACUGCAAGUAUGAACUUUGGGAAUUGCCGAAUAUUUCCGGAGGUGGCUGCUGUAAACUUUGCAGCAAGCAAGCAUGAACAUGUGGUUGCCAUUUUGCUGAAUCUUAAGUAGGUGUUUUGUUGUUGCUAGGUUUUACAUCAGAUGAUUAGCAAGCAAAUUAUUACUAACGUUGGCCCAUCAUCAAGAGAUUGCGAUAUCCAGUUAAGCUACAACGACCAGUGGCCGGGAGCCGAGAGCACAACUGGCCUUCCAAGGUGGCCCUCCCUCUCCCACCAUCACUCAGCGCAAUGCUAGCCAGCAAGGGCUUCUUUUGGCUGAUGUAUGGACAUUGAGCUCUCCACAGACAUUGCGUUAGUGCAGUUCGAUAAGAUGCGGUGGUUAGCUUCACAUGACUUGGAGGUUGUGUUUGCCUUCGCCCUCCUAGCGCUGGCUGUAUCGUGUGACUGGGGGAGCUCUAACCCCAGAGGGUGAAAUUGGAUAUGGGGGUGUAUUUUGCUGUAUUUUGCGUAUCAUUACUUUGAGAAUUUUUCACAUUCCCUCAUGGGACUUGUUCAGGGCCAUGACUGAAAUACAGAGCAAAGACAUUCUUACAUGUCUUGUAGAUCAGUGCAUAAUUUCUGUCUGUUCAAACUGCCUAAGUAAAUAUAUAAAACAGGUUUCUCCCUAAUUAAUAAAUGCAUUUGAAGCACCAUUAUAGAAGUGCUGCAUUGCCAUGUUAGCCUGUGGUACAAAUUGUGUGCUGAAUAUAUAUUUCACUUGACUGUUAUAUAUAAAUCACAAAUAAACACAAUAAAUACUGAUAUCCUGGUUGAUCCAUA